ACUGAAGCCCUUUAAUAAGUUGGAGCCCAAUUACAAAUCCAUACACCACUCCAUCCCUGUCUCUGGCGGCGACAAGGCUCUCCGGCUCGUCUUCAUCGCCGAAGGACGGGUUAAACAGGUUUGACUGGCUUCAUUCAUUUGGAACAUGCAUAUGACUAAGGAAUCCCUUGAAAAAGUAACCCACAAAAGUUCUACUGAGUUGGAGAGUGUUCCCUUCUACCCUUAUCAGACAAGUUCGCAGGAUUUGGAUUUUGAAGUAAUGUAUCAGACACAUCCCAUACAUUACCCAUGCUGUGAGGUGCCUUUCAGAGAGUGACAACAGUCAGCUUUCUGGAUUAUUUCAAGCAUGCAUUGAGGCCAUCGAGGUUCUUAGGCUGGCCGGAGAAAUCUCAGAAACAAAUCUAUUGUUGAGAACUGGAGGGGAGGACCACCAUUAUGUCAAAUCUAAGCAAGGAAUCUAAGUGCUGAGAGGUUGAAAAAGGAAAAAGAAGGAAGUAAUUUAAAGGGUGGACAUCGAGCAGUGACCUCAUCAAAUUGACCGCAAUCCAGUUAGUUGCAUUGUUUACUGAUCUUAAUAGGAAAGAUCAUCUCUGCAUGCUGAUUUUAAGAGGGAAGGUAAUUCCUAAUCCUAAGGAUGGUCAAGGAGUCAAAUACAUCUCAGCAAUGUGAGUCAAUCAUUCUACAGCGAGGUUAAAAUGAUUCCACAAAAAAAGAUGAAAGAUUUGAGCAACUGUCUUUUGAUGAUUGCUUGAUCUGUUCUCAACCAUGAAGUUUCAGCCCUGAUAUUCCUCAACUGAAUUACCAAUUAAAUCAUUGACCUUUAGCGAACUAAACUAUUCUAGCCAGAAAACAAUUUACUCUCUUCUGCAGAGCAGGUUUUUCUACUGUGCAGCUACAUUGAAGAAUGCAUUCAUUGAAUUCUGCGGAGAGACUCCACCCCCCCUCUUUUCACAAGUCUCAUUGAAGCAGAAUGAAGUGAUUUUUUGAUGUAUGUGUCCCCAUAAUGUCCCAACUAGGAUGAUUUUAGAUUUUAGAGACUACUUAUGUUAUUUGAAACUAAAUUUGGGGAAAGGCAACUUAUUUGCUUCUGGUUUGUGGGUUGCGCCACUUUUGUUAGGUGCUGAUUAAAUCUAUUUAUUGCAUAUAAAAUGGCAACUUUUUUGCUUCUUAAUUUGAAUGGUGGAGAGGGAAAUUUAGAAGCAUGUUUUACCAUAUGCAAGAGAGGAAUGUGGACUGGGUUACGUAACCUUGAAAAAGGAAAAAGGAAAAUAAAGGGAUGGUUGUAUGGGCAAGAUGCUGAGGGUGAUGGUGUGGUUGGCUUUACGGGUUUUUCGCUUUGCUUUUGUUUUAUUCUUUCUUUCUUUGGGUUUUAGGAGGUUUUUAGUGGUGAUGUGGUAAAUUAUAGUGGUUUUGUGAUGGCAGUGUUCACGAAGAACGGAGAAAGCAGCAUGCUCUGCUUUUGGCUCUGGAAGCAAGAACAUUGCUCCCGAGAAUUUAGCUAUAGCAUGUACUUCGCUGAUUGGUACCCAUCAAAUUGGUUAAAAGGGAACAAAAAAUCUACAGAAACCGAAAGCUGCUCGGUAGGUUUGAUUACACCAAGGAAAAUAAAUUAAAGCCAAUUUUGAAAUCUGUUUUCCAUAUCUGAAAACAGGGGAAAAGGUUAAAAUUCUUUAAAGAAAAACCAUGAACAUCUUAGGGGGAGGAGAUUAUAAUUUUGAAAAUCAUAACAGGCACAGUUUGCCAUUGGUUGAGUGGGAAGCCUUCAUUAACAAUGUUGCUCACAAAAAGGUGUCAAGAAGAUUACUUGCCUCUUAUGCUUAGCUAAUGUCUGAUUCUUUGCCUUUUCAUGAAUCCACCUCCUUGGGUUUAUCAUGAAGUCAUCUUCCGAACUACAACCCAUUCUUCGUAUUCUCUCUUCUGCAAGCUCCUCAUUUUCAACUGUCACUUACCCAUGCAUCGACAACAUGAAUCGAAUCCUCAUUUUCUUCCACACCAACAACCGCCCCAGCCACGGGCUCACCCUUUGCCUUCCCAGCAACAUCCUGAGCCCCAGGCUGAUCCCGCUCGUUCACGGCGACAGAAGCGGGCUCAGCAACAUCCCGAGUCCCAGGCGGGGCCUGAUCCCGCUCAUUCACGGCAACACCCUGAGCGACGGCCUUUGCCUUCCCAGCAACAUCCUGAGCCCCAGGCUGAUCCCACUCGUUCACGGCGACAGCCACGGGCUCACUUCUUUCCUUCCCAGCAACAUCCCGAGCCCCAGGCGGGGCCUGAUCCCGCUCAUUCACGGCAACAGCCUGAGCGACGGGUUCAAUUUGGUCCUUCACCAGAACAUGCUUCACAGCAACACCCUGAGCCACCGGCUCACCCCGAGAUUUCUUCACCGCAACAUUUCCGACGCUGGACUGACCCUUUGCAUCGCCCAUCCGGUUUGCGGGUGCCAGAGCCUCAAAAAACUAAACCUUUGAUAUGGUUUACUGCAGUCUUCUGUGUAAUUUUCUGGGUCAUUAUAAUUGUUGGAGGCCUAGUCGUCCUUAUAGUCUAUAUGCUCUUCCGCCCACGAAGCCCACGUUUCGACGUAUCAAGUGUCACUCUGAAUGCUGCAUAUCUUGACAUGGGCUAUCUACUCAAUGCUGAUGUCACCGUGUUGGCAAACUUCACAAAUCCAAACAAGAAGGUGCAUGUGGACUUCAGUUAUUUGGUCGUUAAUCUCUACUACGAAGACACCCUUAUUGCCAGCCGGGCCAUUUAUCCUUUCUCAGUAGCAAGCAGGCAGACCAUGUUUGCAGAUGUUCAUAUGGUUACCAGUCAGGUUCGGCUGCCAAUAAAAGACAGCCUAAAGCUCAGUGAGCAGAUUCAGAACAAUGGAAUCGAAUUUCAACUAAAGGGUUACUUCAGGACAAGAUCUAAUCUGGGAAGUUUUCUUCGCUACUCUUACUGGUUGUACGGUAAAUGCAGUAUCGUGGUGACUGCACCUCCUAGUGGUGUAUUAGUAUCUAGGAGUUGCAGAACAAAACGUUGAAAAUGAACCCAUUUUGGAUUACUCUUACAUUUAAGUGCAAUUGUUCUACCUUGCACAUUAAGGUUGGAUAUCAUUGAUUGUCGCAAUCCCUACUCAAAUGCAUCCAAUGUUUUU